AAUGCUGCAUUAUGAUCGCAACGUAGCUGAUGUAGCAAAUGAAACAAAAAUAUAUAAUAGUCAAAGCUGUGCAAUUAUUUUUGCUGAUUUUAAUUUUUACAUUAUAGGAAAUACGUAUCAUAUAAUAUUGGCAUUCGACUGUUCUAACAUUAUAAUUAGGACGUUUCCUAGAUAUAAUAAGUACAAAAAUAUUAUUGUUCCUAUCUCGGAAUAUUUAAAAUUAAUUCGUUACAUUUAAACAUAUAACAAGGAGAAUUAGAAGUGUUUAUGUGUUGAAAUAAUGUCGACUGUAUGUAAAGGGGAAGUAGCCCCAGAAGUACCCAGUAUGGUUGUGGCAGUCGUGUAAAUCGAACAAAUCAAUGCGAAAUCCGCAAAUCGCGAGAUUCAGUGUAAAGAUUUCUUACAGUUGUUCUUUUUUUGCAAUAGAUAACUACCCAUGAUCAUUCGUGCAUUUCUUAAAUAUUUAUGAGUGAACUGGGUUCUACAAAUUGAAUUAUUGAAAAUCUAUCGUGAUUAUAUAAUUGCGUAAAAGUACUUAUUUUUGGCAACAUGUCCCAGCGUAGGACGGUAAGCAGUUAAUAUGAUUAUACAAUAUAUAUUUUUAAAAUAAACCAUUAGAAAUUAAAUAUCGCAGAGUAACAAAUUCUAAUUGAAUGAGAAUAUAAAAAAAGCGUUCGUUUGAGAUACCUAUUUUCAGCGAAUUUUACUAUUAUUCUUUUAUUUCCAAAUAACAGAUACGAAUCCAUAGCAAUUAAAGUUUUGAUUCCUACGACUCGAUUAAAAGUUUUGGCAAAUAAUGGAAUGUAUCGACAUAUCGUGUAGAUAUUUAAAAGUCACAAUAAUCUUAAAUCUUUGACCUUGUGUCUUGAUCGAUCGUGAUCAUUUAAAAUUUUAAAUCUUUCAGCCUGAUUUAAACUGUCACGACCCACCAAAACAUAAAGUUCAAAGCUUAAAGCUGUUACGUCUUAUAAAUAUCGAAUCAUAUUCGAAGGUUCAAACGGUUCUUCGGUAUUAUCUAUACAUGUUAAUAUAUUUCAUUAUUUAGAAAAGAUAUUUAAGAAACGUAUAAAAACCUUUCAAAUUAUCAUUGAUUUGGAGGACACUCAUAGGAAAUGAUUUUAGGAGAAAGUUGUCAAAAGCACAAAUAACCUUUAGCAAACGUCAGUGAAAAUCUCAAGUAUCGUCUUCUAUCUAUAAUGACAUCAAAUUAUAUCAAGCAUAUUUUAAUACUGUUGAUAGAAAUACCAGAAAUUGUAUUUCUAUUAAGAUAGGUAAAAGAACAUUUUUCAAUUCUUUUGAAAAAAUAUUAAUAUUUAAAUACUUAUUACCACUAGGUUUACGGGGCCGAUCAAUUUGACGGAUUUCAAACUUCGAAAUGAAAUAUCUGAAAAAUGUUACCCAUUUUGCAUCGUAAAUUAAUCGUUCCAUCUACAGAAUUUAUACACAAUUAUUUUUUCCUGGGCUUUCUAAUGUUUUAAAUCUGUAUGUAGUAUACCUAUCUCUAAAACCCGUCAAAUUGACGGGCUAGCUGAUUUCAUAAACAAACCGAUUUUUAAAGACUGUGCAACGGUUUCAGUUAUUGUAGACAUUUCCCAUUAUUUUAUCCGCUUAUUAUAAGUAUUUACAAUAGGAUAAUUGAAUGUGAUCAUAGUAUUUUCUUUUUUUGAUCAAUCCUCCUUUUCUAGCAAUUAUGAGUAAAUCCAAGAGAUAUAAUAAGAUAUUGAACAUAAUUGUCAACAUCAAUGAAGAUCGUUCUGAGGACACCUCCGAAGAAGAUCAAUAUGAAUUAGGCCAAAGCGAAGCUGACAACGAAAGUUCUGAAUACACUGAAAGUGGAGAGAUACAAGGACCUUCGGGUAGUGAAGAUGAAAACUUCUUGAAAGUGUGUCGGUACAAGAGAAAGAUGCGUAUUUUUUCUAGUUCUAACUUCGAGGAUGAAAGAACGAGUAUUCCAAGCACAUCUCAAACUGUAAUGGGUGAAAUUGAAAUGGCAAUUGACAGGACACAGUGGAUAAAAGUGAAAGCAGGCAGAUCUAGGGGUAGGAUGCCCGUUCGUAUGAUAUUCAAGGAUAUCGCAGGACCUACUGGCUAUGCUAAGAGAAAUAUUAUGUCGGGUUCUAUAACUAGUUCUUUCGAAUUGAUAAUUGACAUACACAUAAUGGAACACAUAAAAGAUUGCACUGAGACCGAGACUCAUCGAGUUUUGAAAAAAGACGGACAAUCACAGUUGCUGAGUUACGUAGUUUUCUAAGAAUUCUAUAUGCCCGGGGCGCAUGUGAAGCGAGAUCAUUGAAAGCCUCCGAAAGAUUACAAACAGAUAAAUUUGUGAUAAUAUCCGAAAUAUAGAACAGAUUUACAAGUAAUAGCCAGGCUUGUUACAAGCCAUAUGAAAAUGUCUUAAUAGAUGGCCAAUUAUUUCCAACGAAAGCCCGAUGCAAGUUUACGCAAUAUAUGCCGAAUAAGCCUUAUAAAUUUGGCAUUACGUUUUGGUUUGCAGUGGACGUCCAAACAGAAUAUAUUUCGAAUGGUUUCUCUCAUAUAGGGAAAGAUGAAACUCUAUGUUCAGGGGAAAAAAGGACAAGAUGACUUUGUUUCCUUCAAAUUUAUAUAAAUCAGAAAACUGUACUCUUACUGUAUAUAAAAGUAAGCCUAACGUAAAAGUCCUCCUUCUAAGGACCAAACAUACAGGUAUACAAGUAGAAGGCAAUCAUAAACGUGUUCCAGAAACCAUUGCUUUUUAUAAUAAAACAAAGUUUGGUGUGGACGUCGUUGACCAGAGUUUCCGAUGGCCCUUUCAAGUUUUUUUUCAAUAUUUUAGAUUUGGCAGCGAUAAACGCGUGGAUAUUGUGUAAAGAGUGCACCGGAUGGAAAAUAUCCAGAAAGGAGUUCAUAUUUUGUCAAAGAUCAGACGCUUCAUUUCUGCCACUUUCAACGUCCGAAGUGCGAAAAAGUUGCCAAGUGGACUACUGCAAAAAAAAUAGAAGCAACAUUUUGCAAUUGUUGUAUAUAUUGCAAAAAGAUCGUACGCGGAAAAUGCACAAACAAAAUUCAGUAUAUUUGUAAAAAAUGUGCUCAAUAAAUAUGAUUACCCUAUAGCGUUAAUGUUAU